AUGGCAUGUCUCUGGAACAAAAUGGGACUAGUUAACUUUGUUAUUGUGCUGUACUCCGUACUAUGCUCCAGCGGGCUAAGACGGUCCCAGCUGCUCUGGUGUCAGAUUGAAAAGCAUGAAGAAUCUGGAAAAGCAGCAGCCAAAAGAUAUUAUCCCAAUGUUAUUUAUAGUUUAGCCGAGAUUCAUCCUCGUCGGCGAUAUCGACACAUGCUCUCGAGAGUUGGUAUCGACCUUCAACCGCCGACGGAGUUGUACGGAUCUGUGAACACGACGAUCUUAGUUGGACCGCCCAUUAAUCCCAGACGCAACGUUCUUGAGGGACUGGAGGCAAUUCCGCAGGGGACCCUGUCCGAAGCCUCCGGAGCUCUGUACCUAAUUAUGAUGGCAGAGAUCAACUCCGUAUCAUUACAUUGUCGCAGGAAUUAUGCCUUUCUGGUGAUAUUCCCAUGGUGUCCUAAAUAUAGGCAUGUUGGCGGUAUUUUCGAGGGUGUAUCUGUGACUCCGUGGAUUUUUUGCUCCGCUCCGAAACCUAAAGGUAAACACUUGUGGACAGUCUCCGAAAUGAUCUGGAUCUCGGUCUGGAACCUGGGAUGUGGAGAUACGUCGCAAGGAUUGGUUCCUGAUUCACGUCUCGAAGCACAGUUUACAAGAGAUCAACUCUUCGAGUCACACAAUGUCUUCGAUAAUCGUGGUUAA